AUGGAAAGUGUUAUACGAGAAGGCACUUUAAAAUUACUAAAAAACGAGAGUACCUGUGAUGUUAUUUUGAGUUGUCAAGGUCGCCGAUUGAUGGCUCACAAAGUCAUUCUAUCGAUGGUUAGUCCUGUUUUUCGAGAUCUUUUAAAAGAAGAUGGAAUUAAUCCUGCAGUAGUUAUAUUUCCUGAUUCGUCGAGUAAUAUAAUGGCACUAAUUUUAGACUAUAUUUAUACCGGUUCAACUAUGGUAUAUUCAAAUUCAAUGGAAGAAUUUGUAAGUCUCAUGAAAUUUUUGAAAAUAAAGUUGGACAAAAGUUUUCCGAUACCACCAAAGACGGAAGAAAAACAGGAAACCCUAUAUAAGGUGGAUACGCAUACCUUUAUUAAAUCUGGAAUUGAAAAUUACAAAAAAAAUAAAACAUUGCCUGAGUUGAUUCCCAUAAAGAAAAUUGAGGAGUUGAGGAAGCGACAAAAAAUGAGUUGUGUUUUACCCAGUCCGUGGAAACCGAGAAUCGAAACUAUUUAUGGAGAUCCUAGAGAAGCUAUACUGGAACAACCGGAUUACAUGAUUUCUACAGAUCCUCAUCAUCAUUCGUACGAAAAUGAUUCUAACAACAAUUACCGAUUCCCCGCGAGAGUAAGGUAUAAACAAAAUUUGUUAAAAAAAGAAGAAACGUGCUCCUUAGAGUCUAUUUCUACUUUGGAUGCAGUAUUUUUAAAUACACAUCAAGCACCAAAGGUAGAAAAUGGGUUGAAUGUUGAUAUAGAUAGAAAAAAUGAUAAACUCAUCUUACCAGAUUUAUCGGUUCGAGAAACACAUACGUCGAAUCAAAAUUCAUCUCGUCGUAGUUCUUCAAGUGAAGAUUUUAAAGACAAUUCGAACGGAUCUAUGAAAAGCUAUGGAUACAAAACAAUUAGUGAUAGAGAAGAUGAAGCAAAGUUUGACGAAUCGAACAGUGAUAAACGGAAACCUUUCAAAUGCGAACAAUGUGGGAAGUGCUUUAGUCAACUAAGAAACUAUAAAUAUCAUCGAUCAGUUCACGAUGGCACGAAGGAAUUCGCUGCUAAAUGCCCUGAAUGCGGAAAGAUAUUUAACGAUAAAGGCUACCUUUCAAGUCAUCUGAAGAUUCAUAGAGAUAAGAAAGAAUACGCCUGUUCACAUUGUCCCAAGAGAUUUAAUCAGAGAGUAGCCUACAACAUGCACACUAGAAUACACACAGGUCUAAAACCUCAUGAAUGUUCAGCUUGUGGAAAAAGUUUUUCAAGAAAAAUGUUACUGAAGCAACACCAAAGAGUACAUACUGGAGAAAGACCGUAUUCUUGUCCAGAAUGUGGUAAAACUUUCGCAGAUAGAUCCAACAUGAGUCUACAUGCCAGACUCCAUACCGGUAUUAAGCCAUACACAUGUAGCUUGUGCCCAAAAAGUUUCACCAAAAAGCAUCACCUCAAAACUCACAUGAAUUUCCAUACGGGUCUCAAGCCGUAUACUUGUGAAAAAUGUGGUCUGGCUUUUUCGCAAAGUAGCAACAUGAGAACACAUUACAAAAAGUGUCUUUUGAAAAAUCAAUAUACCGAAAAGAAAACACAAAAUGAACACUCAUCAUGAUCAUUAGCAAUCAACAUUCAAAUAAUUUCAAAGAUUAUAUAUACAGUAUGUCGUAUUUAUUAUUAAAUUACCUUUACGUUUUUAUUUAUAAAAAAAUUGUGAAUCAGCCUUGUUUUGUCCUUGUUGUCCUAGUGACCGAGCAUCCAAAUGAGCUGGACUAUCUUCUUCAUUUCUCUAUCCUUUAUUUCCGCUCCCUUAUAUCGUAUUCUCAGUUAUUUGAAAGUGUCUUCAAAUCCUACAUCUAUCUUUGGUAUUUCUGUUUUUUCCACCUCUCUUGCUUUGUUUUCUUGAACUUGUGGAAACCUUAACUUCAAAUUUGAUGUUAUAUACAUCAGUAGCACUUGAAAAAUAUUUGGGGAAUAUCAAUACGGCUUCACAUAGAGUAGUUCGACAACAGACGCAAUACAUAUAUUAAAACUAAUGAUGAAAAGAGAAAUCGAUCACCAAAUAUAUAUAGCAAAGCUCUUCAUCGAUUUUCCGUGAGCCUUUGACUCAAUCAAAAGAAACUGCCUAUUGACAGUACUAAAACAACAAAGUGUAG